GUCGAUCAUCUGACCCUUACGUCGGUGACUCCUCUCAUUGAAAAUCUUGCUAAACUUCGUACACUGCAAGAAUGCAAUUUGUAACCAUCACGGAGCUAUUUCGGCCCCCUUCUCUGACAUCACAGCCUCGUCCUACCCCUCCACAGGCACCUCGACUCGACAUGCAGAUGCGGUGUUACCCCCCUCCCUUCAUUCGUGCAGCCUCGCGCCCCCACUCACGCACAGUAUUCCAAAACGAGGUCUUCUCGCGAAUCCUCAGCCCUACCCGCCGCACCCCCACUUCCCUCCUAGCCCCGGUACCUUGCAAAGAAACGUACUGUAGUAAUUCCCCAAUUGCAUGCUCGUACAGCAUCCAUGGCCUGUGCGUCACCUCGCAUCGAUCCAGGAACAGAAUCAACUGUGCCCUCCUCCACUUCCAGACAUUUCUCCGAUGCUGCACUCUCCUAAAAGCAGAACUCGUAUCUCCCGCCUCAAGGCAGCAGAUUAGAUGAAAGGACACGAUCUCCAGUCCGUACGUACCGUGGCUUUCGCGAUCGCGUGCCACGCACCGUACGUCCGUAUCGAGGGAAUGAAAGGGGAACGUUUCACAGACCUCCAUCCUUCCCGUGGUCAACUCGGUGGAAAGUUGUGGGUUUGCCACAUUUAGGCAGGAAAUGAAAUCAGCCACGUUCCCGAACACUGCCUCACGACACAGAAGAUUCUAAAUUUUU